AUGGAACUAUCGUCACCCAUAAUUAUUGCUUUACUAGCGACAGGCGCCAUGUCAGCUGUUUUACUUCAUAGUGCAUUUGAUUGGGGCUAUUGCAAGUGCCCGUUUUCUACCCGAGAUACUCCUGAUCCAGCUGAAAAACGGAGCCAGCCCAUUGUUUCCUCCGACAAUCAAAUUUUAAAGGAGAAGAUAAAUAACGUGCUACGUUCUCACAAUGAAGGUAAGUCAGAGACGGUUCUUCCACCUUUUGACCCUUUACUUCUGGAAUCUAUGAUUGUCAAGGAAGGUCCUAAUAUGUUACCCGUCGACGUGAAGCUAAGUAAUGUCACCAUAAAAGGGCUCUCCAAGCUCCGCGUUACUGAUGUUCACAGAAACAAAUUGAAGAAACUGGAGAUCACUUACUUCAUAGACAAGCUGGAGAUUGAAGGAAACUACGAUUUGAAUGCCAGUUUCAUGAUAAUGCCAAUCUCCCUAAGCGGUCCAUGUUCGUUCAUUUAUGAAAAUAUGACAGUAACUCUAGCUGCUGAUUUGAAGGAAGUAAUAGAAGAAGGGAAUAAUUUUUAUCAAGUGGAAAAUAUGGUCGUAACUAAUAAUCCGGAGAAAUUUACUAUGAACGUAAAAAAUCUCGUCAGUGGGGAGGAAGCGUUCGACAGCAUCAUGAACAAGUUCCUGAACAAGCAUUUCAAGCCCUUGAUUAUCGAAGCAAUGUCUCAAGCGCAUGAGGCGUUGUAUCUUGGCAUAGCUAACAUGAUUUUGUCGCAAAUGCCAAUCAACACUUCCGAUCCAAACCGCAAUAGUGAUAAUAUAACCAACAACCCAGCAAACAAGAAUGAAUCCAAUUUGUGAAAAUUCGAUUAAAUUAUAAUUAUGAAAAAAAAAAAAUGUUCUUUCUUCA